GCUGUCAUUCGAAUCUUGCGUAUUUUGAGCAUUUUGAGCAACUCUGAUGGGGAACUGUCAAAAAGUAUUCCUCGAACAGCCGUAACAGAAGCACUGUGCCUCACUCGAUCGGAAUCGGGGGAAAAACUAUAUCCGAGAUGGCCAAUCCGGAACAGCAGAUCCAGCAGGAGAAGGCAGCCCGCCGGGCAGCCAUCCGUACCGAGUACUGGCGGACGAUGACCAACCCGCACGGACAUCUUCACGGCGAAAGUGGCGGUGUGUUCGAUACCGGUUUGGCGCGCUUCCAAGCCAUGCGAGUGAAUCACUUCGAACACUUCAAACCAACGGGACGCACCCUGAAGAUUGGCUUGCUCAGCACCGUUAUUCCGAUUGUGGCCUACGCUGUGAUGUUGAAGAAAGAACGCGACGCACGGGAAGAGCAAUACCGCACCGGACAGGUGGCCUACAAGGAUCGUCGAUUCAAGUUUAUCUAAGGAAGAAAAGUUGCUCAGAGCCAACGAGUAGAGAGUGAAUUUCGGCUGCAGGAGGGAAUGAUGCGAAACAGAAUUCGAUUGGUAAUGUAAUAAAUUGAAAAACAUGUUUAUUUUUCCUCCAA